UGGGACAGGGAGCUGUGCCUCGAGACAGGGUAUGGGUUGGCCCUCGUCAAAAUUCAGGCGAGACCAGAGCAGGGGCUGGGCCAGUGGGCAUGAAGGGAACGCCUAAAUCUAGAAGUUCAAAUCAACGGCCCUUGGCUUGCACUGGUUCACUUGGAUGCUCACCUUUUUUCUUCUUGCUCUUCUAAUUCCCUGUUCUGACAAUAAGGCCCUGCUAUGUGGGAUGUCCAAGUCACGGGAUUGCUUUGGUUAUCCCUUGAGCAUCUUCUUCAUCGUGGUCAAUGAGUUCUGUGAAAGAUUUUCCUACUAUGGAAUGAGAGCACUCCUGAUUCUGUACUUCAGACGGUUCAUCGGAUGGGACGAUAACCUGUCCACGGCCAUCUACCACACGUUUGUGGCUCUGUGCUACCUGACGCCCAUUCUUGGUGCUUUAAUCGCUGACUCCUGGCUGGGAAAGUUCAA